AAAAGGCCAAACAAGAAGCGAUGUCCGGGGUUGAUCCGCCCAUCCUGCCAGCGUGCGAGGAACGACCUAGUCCUCGUGAAGUGGUGCGAGGAGGACCACGACCGCCAGAGCUCUGCAGGAUAACAGGAGGACCUUCUUCAUAGUGAUCACACCAGCCAAAGAUGUGGACUACUAUAGCCCUCGCCUUAACGGUGCUUUUUAUAAUUUUCUACAAGGCUGCCUUACGACCACCAUGUUUUCCUCCAGGUCCAUUCGCUUUGCCAAUUGUGGGAAGUAUUUUCUCUAUCUUACCAUCACCAAAGGAAUCCUUCAGUAGAUUUCAGAAGAAAUAUGGACCUAUAUGUAGCUACAAAGUCUUUGAUAACUGGUCCAUCAUCGUGAAUGAUCCAGCACUGAUGAAGCCACUUCUUGCCGACCCAGUAUUUUCUGGACGCAAACACCUCUACCUGUUUUCACUACGAGAUGAAGUUAUCAGUGGGGAAAAGAUGCCUUUGGGCAUAUUAGGAACCAGCGGAGAUGUGUGGAAAAACCAGCGACGUUUUACACUAAGGAGUCUCAAGGAUCUAGGAUUUGGCAGAAAUAGUAUUGAGCCCAUUAUGCAGAAGGAAUUGGAGGACUUGAUCAACACCUUUUCCCAAACUGAAGGUCAAAAAGUCGAUGUUGGGUUGACAUUCAACAGCAGUAUCAUCAACGUGAUCUGGGCCAUGGUUAUUGGGAAGCGCUUUUCUCACGAAGAUGUCCGUCUGCUAGAACUUGUCGAUAAAGUCAACAAGAUGCUGCAGUCCUUUAACCCUUUCCACCCAGCUUAUAGAUUCCCAAUUAUUAAGAAGUUCUUCCCAAACUUGGAUGUAUACAAGAGUCAAGAUACUUACAUGAGACAACUUCUGAGUUUUAUUGAGGAUGAAACUGCUCAAUAUGAAAAGGAAUUGUUAGCUGAUGAAAGCUCCUUUAGUUAUAUUAGAGCAUAUCUUAAGGAAAUGAAAGAAGCAGAAACUGAAGGAAAAGAGACACCAUUAAAUAUGCACCAUCUGAAGGCCAACAUUUUUGAGCUGUUUCUGGCUGGAAGUGAAACAACUGCAUCUACCUUAUGGUGGGCGGUAUAUCUUUUGGCAUCCAACCCAGAUGUCCAAAAAACUAUACAGAAGGAAUUAGAUGAAGUUAUUGGGGAGGAUAAAUUGCCUACAUUAGCUCACAUGGACAGUUUGCCUUAUACAACGGCUGCUAUAUAUGAAGUGCAGCGCGUUGCAGACCUGGUCCCAUUUGCAGUUCCCCAUGAGACAACUGAGGAUGCAACUGUGUCGGGCUACCGUAUCCCAAAAGGCACAACAGUUAUGUUCAAUUUGUCGCACGGUUUAAAGGAUCCCAAAUACUGGAAGUACCCUGACCGUUUCUACCCUGAGCAUUUUCUCACAGAGGAGGGAAAGCCUUACAAGCCUGAGAAUUUUAUGCCUUUUGGAUCAGGAAAGCGUGUCUGCCUGGGAGAAUCUCUUGCUCGAUUGGAAUUGUUCCUGUUUUUCGCAACUCUUGUUCAUCGGUUUUCCUGGAAGUUGUCAGAUGACCCAAUAGUAUGGGAGAAAAGUAUUGUCCUCUCUCGUCCUCCCAGAUUCAUGGUUGAAAUUAGCAAUAGAAACUCAAAUGCAGUGUUUUAAACUUUGAAAUUAUACAAAUAAUUCAUUUGUAAAGUAUUGCAUUCUGCACAUAUGAAAAAAGAGGUCUUUUAACAGUCUCAAUCCAUUGAUGCUGAAAUUAUGUCCAUUUUUCUUUACUGUUUGUUCUCUUCCUUGAUUGUCUUUACACAGAUGUCUCCAUUAGUGCUUAAUCACCAAGGAGUCAAUUACUAGUCCUACCUAUCACACCUAUUUACCCUUUUCCAUGAUUUUCAGAGAUUAUUAUUUUUAAUUGCUAUUAGUAUUAUUAAGAACAACAUUAGAAUGAUCAUAAUAAUAUAACAAUGAUGAUAGCAACUUCAAUAUUAAAAGCAUCAGAAAAACAACAUUUUUAAUUGAAAACUCAAGGAAAUAGGAAAGCAUGUGAGAAAGCAGAUUUAGGCAUACUGAUUAGCUCCUCUGUGGCUCAGCACCUGUGGAGCCAUCUAAGUGCAAAUAAAAUUCAAAAAUAAAAAUUACAAUUGA